UCUCAAUGUAAAUAUGAGCCUUGUAACCUUCAGUGUAUGCUUGGAAUUCAAACUGAUGUUCUCAUGUAUAUUUGGAAAGUCAUAGCAGCUAGAUAAAGUCCCUGCUGACUGGAAAAAGGGAAACAUCACUUCCAUUUUUAAAAAGGAGAGAAAGAAAGAUCUAGAGAACUCCAGACUGCUGAGGCUCACCUCUGUGCCUAGGAAGAGCCUCCUAGAAGAUGUGCUAAGGCACAUAAAAGACAGGAGGGUAAUUCAAGGUGGCCAGCAUGGCUUUACUUAUGGUGCCUGACCAAUCCAGUGGUGUUCUAUGAUGGAGUGACAGCAGGGUUGACAAGGGAAGACUGACCAACUGUCAUCUAUCUACACUUCUAUAAGGCCUUUAUUAUAGUCCCUUAUGGCAUCCUUAUCUCCAGACUGGAGAGAAAUGGGCUUGAUUGAUGGACUCAUUCAUAUUCAGUGGAUAAGGAAUUUGCUGGAUGGAUGCAACCAGAGAGUUCUGGUCUGUGGCUCUAUGUCCAGGUAGAGGGCUUAAUGAAAAUGAAUCAGAAGGAAAUACUAUGAGAUUGAAACCAUGAAAUUCUGCAUUCUGAAGACCCCCUUUGAUUUUCCUGUUUAAAAAUGUCUGAUCUGAAAGAUAUUGUACACAGAACCCAUUGUAUUGAAACACUGCUGUCUGAGAACAAUUUGCAAGAUAUUGAGGAUCAUCUUAAAGAACUUUCAGAUGUUGAUAUGACUGUAGAAUAUCUUCAGAGGACAGAAGUUACCAAGGCUGUAUAUAGAGUACUCAAGAGCUGCCCUUCAGGAGAGCUGAAAAAGAAAGCAAAGCAGUUAUUGUCAAGGUGGAAGACUCUUUACAAGAAUAACUGUGCUCAGUCAGUGCAAGUUAAAAAGUCAAUUUCUGUGUGUGUGAAAAAAGAAAUUAAGCAUCUCAGUGUAGUUCCUAGAGAGGAGUCACUGUCUGAAGGACCAUGUCAGCAGGAGGCAUUAGAUGGCACUAGUUCCAACACUUUGGUCCCAUCACAAACUGUUAAAAAUGUGGUACAUAACAAUGCAGAAGGCAGGAUUAAUCAGCAUUCUUCUUUUGAGGAACAACACACUGUUCAUGAAGAUUCUAAAUCUGUCAUCAGCGAAGCAAGUCUGCAGCAGGAUCUGAUGAGAGCUCUGAGGUGUAAAUGUGUGGAUCUUCUUUACAAAGCUUUGAUUGGUUCUGCCAAAGAUGAAGAAGAAACUGUUAAAUGGCUAGAGUUAGCUAAAGAAAUUGAAGAACAUAUUUUUGCCCUUCACGCUAAAAAUGACAAAAAGUAUAAAAAUUGCAUCAGAAGUAAAAUCUCUAACCUUAAGAACCCUAAAAGUUGCCACUUAAAGCAUAACCUUUUUUCAGGAACUUUGAGCCCAAAGGCUUUUGCUGAGAUGACAGUGAUGGAAAUGGCCAGUGAUGAACUGAAACAGCUCAGGGCUCUGUACACAAAAUCAUCUGUUCAGGAACAUCAGCUUCCACAGGUGAUUAAUGGCACACAGACAAACAAAAUAAAGUGCAGACGCUGUGAAAAAUUUGAUUGCACUGUCACUAUGAUUGCCAGAGGAACUCUCUUUCUUCCAGCUUGGGUGCGAAACACAAAUCCAGAUGAGCAAAUGUUGACGUACGUUAUUUGUAAUGAAUGUGGAGAACAGUGGUAUCACAGCAGAUGGAUUUGUUUGUAAUGCUGUCCCUCUGUAAAAAGGGGCUUGGAAAUGUGAAUGACAACUUACCUCUUUUGAAACUCUGUAAUUUAAAAUCCUGUGCUGAUACUAUGUGGGUGCUGCCACUAAAAACUGCAAAAUCAGUUUGAAAAAACUGCUAAUGUGUUUGUAAAGAUGGCUUGAAUGAAUUACGUGUUUUUAAGUAAUGUAAAUAUGUAAAGAAAUAAAAGGAUAAAGGGAAAAAAUGGUUACACUGUAUCUGAGUGGAAUAUUGGCUAGUAAAUCCGUUAAAAUUAUUCCAAGUGCUGAGUUUUUUCCUGAAGGGUCUGGAUACUUGGAAAUUUUUUUUUUAACUUCAGGAGGAGUUCUUUCACGGAAUGUAAGUUUCAUUUACAGUAAACAAACUGUUUCCAAAACUGCAGUUCACGUACUUAUGUGCAUUGCAGAAUGUUCAGCAUGGAUUCACUCCUUAAUUAAAUCACUUUUUGCGAGCGUUAGAUUAUUACGUUGGUUUGAGAGGUGACUUCUAACAGGGAAAAAAGAAAUUAAAAGUAGACUGUUAAAGGGGGUAAAAAACAGCUAGCAGAUGAAAGCAAGAAUGAGAUUCUGCUUUAGAAUUAGUUAUGAGAAGGAAAACAGGACUUGUGACAGUCUGUCAGUAUCCAGGUUGGAUUUACAAUGUAAGAUGGUGUGUCCUGCUACUGCAAAGAAAUUAAUGCAAGAUCAGACAAUGGAUUAUUUCAGAAAAUGAUGUAAUAAAUGAGUUAAUAACUUU